GUUAACCUUGGUGAUGUAAACGGCAUUGUUCUGYAUUCCAAUCAAAACAAAARKCAUAACGGCCUAUGAGUUCAGAAUGACUGGAUGCAUCAACUGUAGAUACAAAUUUYUAUUUAUUUUCUUUUUUAUCAAUGCAAUUUCCAUUGGUUUCCUAAUAUCGUGCAGUAUUGUCUGUACCUUCUUACAGCAAAUGAAGAAUGAGAGGUUUUUCUACACCUCUCUUAUAGAAAGASACAAUUUUCACAGAGACUUGAGUACUCUUCAUGACUGGAGAAUCAAUUGGAGAAAAAUGCUGAAGCCAUGUGAAGGAAAAUUAUCUUGGUACAAAAGAAAUGUGUUUUCAGARCUACGAACAGAUGCUGAGCAGAGCUAUUUAAUGAAAAUCGAUUUAAAUAAUUCAGGAAGAUUUAGUCGACUUUGGAUCCAGUCUGUUGAUACCAAAGGAAACCCAAAAUCUGUAGGUGGUGAUUCUUGGAGAGUAUACGUUCGUAAUGGACCAACAUCCAUUGCUCCAAUCAUWCUUGACAAGAAUAAUGGUGUUUACGAAGUCAUGAUGCUUAUCAUGGAACCAGGAAUUUACCAAGCCAAUAUCUUCCUAGAUUACUCGCUAUGUGAUGGGCUCAGAGAACCUCCUGACUUCUGGUUUAUAAAUGGAACUGAUCAYGGUACUUACCAUCAUCCACAAGAAGGAGUUUUAGGCAACAUCGAAAGAGACUAUAUUCAAUCUUGUCUAGGAGGGCAGACCAAAUAUGAAUUUGAGAUCAAGCCUAACUUAGGAAACACUCUCGACGGUAUAAGUUUUUCAAACCUUGGUAAAGCUAAAUGUCGCCUUAUAUGGGAUGGACACGGCUACUGGAAAAAUACGAGAUGGUUUUCAUACCAAAAUCAAUCAGAUUCACUUGUCGAUAACGAUUAUGUGAAAAGUCAUCGUUCCGGGACUUUGUGGGUUUAUGGUGACUCUUUAGGAAUGCGUUUUAUCGAUUCUGCGCAAUCGCGUCCACUUUGUACGAAGAUAUUCAGCAUCUGCGAGUCAACUUAUAACUGGAUUUACGAAGUCAAAGAGAAACGAAAUCCAUUAAAGAUACAAACAAAAUUCAACAAGACAAUAAUCCUGAAUAAAAUACAAAACAUACUUCAAAGACAAGACAUGAACCAGCCAAGCAGUGUUUUUAUGUUUAGUUUCGGUGUACAUUUCCCCAUCUCUUUACGGCUYGAGGAGUUCAAAGACCUGAUAGACUCUGUGAUUUUACUGGUCAGUAAAAGGAUUAAUGGUACAAAGAUUUUUAAAGGGAUUCCRAUAUGGAAAACGACAGCAGCAUUCGAGAAAGAAAAGAUUAACAGAACUCCUUGGCCUAACAAGCCUCACAACUUUACAAUGUUUAGAUUCUUAACGACCCAGCGAAAUCAGCUUUUUCAUUCGUACGCAAUGAGUGCGAUGUGCAAGGCUGGGAUACCUGUGUUGGACGUCUAUCCGUUGACUGCUGCAUAUCGGGAAGGGACUUUAGACUAUGUUCAUUACAACAACACUGUUUUCUAUCCAGCAGAAGCCGCUUUAGAAAGAUACAUUAUUGCAAAUAGACAGAAACUCGACGAAAGACGAAAAAAUAAACACCCCGAAUUGAAGCAAAAGAUCACUUCACUUCAAAAAGAAAUCAAGCAGCUUCAACAAGAUUAUAAUGAUGCAGAAUCCAAGCUAAAGGCUUUCUGCGAAUCACGAGAAAAAGCUGCUACAUCGUUCUUUGCUAUCAUGCGUCCACGAUUGAAACUAAUAAAUGUCAUGAAAUACAGUGACCGGGUUCAUCUGGAUCGCGAUCUUCUYUUACUUCAGAAAGCGCUCAAUGGAAAGAUACCCGACUUUGACGCAAGCCAAGACUGGCAAUUACCCAUAAUUAUUGAACAGUAUAGAAAUAGAAACAUCAAUCCAUUCAUGAUUUGA